AUGGAGGAGGAAUUUAAUGCUCUCCUCUCCAGUGGUACUUGGGAACACUGGCAAGCACCUCCCCACUCUAAUGUCAUCGGUUGUAAGUGGGUCUUCCGUAUCAAGCGAAAUCCAGAUGUCUCUAUUGCUCGCUACGAAUCUCUUCUUGUUGCCAAAGGGUAUUCUCAACGAGGAGUGGACCUGAAGGAAACAUUAAGCCCUGUCAUUAAACCUGCAACUCUGUGUACCAUACUCUCUCUCGCCAUCUCUCAUAAUCGGCCAUUAUGUCAACUUGAUGAUCAAAAUGCUUUCUUGCAUGGUACUCUUGACGAACAUGUGUAUAUUAUUGGAGAAAAUGGGGUCACUGUAACUUUGGAGGAGAAGCUCUAA